AUGGGAUAUAGGAUUAAAAAUUGUCCUAAACGUAAAACAAAUACACAAGGUCUUCAAAUGGCUUACUGGAUGUGCUGCAACUCCUGCUUCCUUUCCCCCAGUGCUGCCAGAAAGGUUGCUGUUACAACCUGCGGCCAUGUCAUCUGUGGUGUCUGUUAUCAGAAAGGCAAACAAGACAAGUGUUUAAUAUGCAACGCCAAAUGCCAAGUAUCACCUGUCACUGACAAAAGCAGCUCAGAGGUGAAGGCUCUGUUUUCCGACAUCAACGUUGUGGCAAACAAACAUCUGACGGAAAUCAGCAAAGUUAUAAUGUUCCAGGCAAGACAUCAAAAGAGACUAUUGACUUACUACCAGCAAAGGAAUGAGAAACUAGAAGAGGUGUUAGUCAAGAUGAAGCAAGAAAUGCAGCAGAUGGCAAAGAAGCUGAAUGAACAGAGCGCUUACAUUACUAAGCUGGAAAACUCUCUUCAGCAUCAGAGUGCUAAGGUUUCACAGUCACAGAUGGGUCACAGUCCUCACACUCCACAUGGACGUAAAUCAGUCCUACAUAUCCCAUUUAACUCUUCCAUGUCCCUCUCAAGACACUCCUCAUCAACUAAUGUCGCUGAAAACAUGGAAGUGGAUGAAAGAAGUCUUUUCAGGAAACCUAACACUGUCCCCAGACUGUCAUUAAUCAGUCCUCCACAAGAUGGACGAAUGGGUACCAUCCCUCACAGAUCAUCCAAUCAGAUCCCGCUGGCCAACCAUUCAGCUCGCUCAACCACAGUCAGUCGUUAUCAAGGAUCACCUGUAACCUCAGAUAUUUCAUACGGCCAGAGUUCUGGAUGGAAGUCUCCCAUGUUCAAGCCUCUCUCCUCCUUCAGACACUCCAUGUCCUCCCUGGUCUGCCCUCGUCCUUAACAAACACACACACACAUCAUGAAGCCUUCAGAGGAGAUACACCUUGUCACUGACAUAUGUACAUAGAGAUAUCUGUGUCUCUCACAACCUAAAAUGAGCCAUCAGCCAGCCUGUGUGUUGUUUUUUAAUGACCCUGGAUUCACAGGUGAAAUUGCACAUAUUUGUCUUGAAGCCAAGCUUGUGUUGUUGAAUUUCAAGUUUUUUUUUCCUCAUAAUUAAUUAAACUAAUGAAAUAAUGGCA